GGGGUGCGUCCGGCUGCGGCGCAUGCGCGUCCUAGGGUGCUCGAGCGGGAGACAGAAACCAGCAGGCGCGGCCGUUACUGCGGGCUCUUUACCUAAAAGAAGAUGGCUGAUCCUUGGCAAGAAUGCAUGGAUUAUGCAGGCACUUUAGCAAGAAAAGCUGGAGAGGUUGUCCGUGAAGCACUGAAAAAAGAAAUAUCUAUUAUGACUAAAAGCUCCCCAGCAGAUCUGGUAACUGUUACAGAUCAAAAAGUGGAACAAAUGAUUAUUUCUGCAGUAAAAGAAAAAUAUCCUUCUCACAGUUUCAUUGGGGAAGAAUCUGUCGCAGCAGGAGAAGGCAGCAUCUUGACAAAUAAUCCUACGUGGAUCAUUGACCCUAUUGAUGGAACUACUAAUUUUGUACACAGGUUUCCAUUUGUGGCUGUUUCAAUUGGCUUCAGUGUAAACAAAAAGAUGGAAUUUGGAAUUGUAUACAGUUGUGUAGAAGACAAAAUGUACACUGGCAGGAAAGGAAAAGGUGCAUUUUGCAAUGGCCAGAAGCUUCAAGUAUCGGGUCAAGAAGAUAUUACAAAAUCCCUUUUAGUAACAGAACUGGGAUCAAACCGGGAUCCAGAGGUUUUAAAAAUUGUUCUGACUAACAUGGAAAAGCUUCUCAGUAUUCCUGUUCAUGGGAUUAGAGCUGUUGGUACAGCAGCUGUAAACAUGUGCCUUGUGGCAACUGGUGGAGCUGAUGCAUAUUAUGAGAUGGGCAUACAUUGCUGGGACAUGGCAGGAGCUGGAAUCAUUAUUACUGAAGCAGGUGGUGUGCUGCUAGAUGUAUCAGGUGGACCUUUUGAUUUGAUGUCACGAAGAAUAAUUGCUGCAAGUAGCCAAACCCUUGGGGAGAGAAUAGCCAAAGAGCUUCAGAUAAUCCCCCUAAAAAGGGAUGACGCAACAAAUUAAUCAAUGCUUAACCUUCAAGUGCAAUAGUAAAAUGGUUGUCAUAUACUCUGUAUACUUGGAAAAUGUGUGUUGCACUUAAAUAUGCAAUGUGCUGUUGCAUAUUUUACUGAAUACCUUAUGAAGUUACCUCAAAUCAAGGUUUUGGAAUCCAACCAGUAUGAUGUUGUUAUAAAACGUGUUCCAAUUAUGUCUUUUGCACAUACUCAAAUUGCAUAGAUGAAUUUUGUUGUAAGUCUUAACUUUACAUGUUGCAACUUUGAAGGAAAUACGCAACAAAAAAGCAAGUCCUUGCAACCAGUACACUGGAAGGUAGAACAAUCAAUUUAGUAAUGUUAAAAAAUCCAAUUCUGUAAAUCCAUAAGGAACUCCUAUCUUCUUGUUCGUGUUUCUUAUAUUUUAUACACAGGAAACAGGAUAUGUUGUUUAUCUGGUCUUUAUAUUAAAUGGUUCUAAAGUUUUAGAGUACAGUGAGCCUCUCCAGAAGUUCUGACCAAUUAAAGACCGCUUCCAGACCUCACUAAAAAUAGUCACUGGUAAUUUGGGGUUUUGGGGCAUUAUUCCUUAUUCUCUUCACUAAUGAUUUUACUUGGUAUUGCUGGAAUUCCUCAGGGAAGCAUUCCCUACAUGGAGAAAAUUAGAUAGGUUGCUUAUUCUUUAAACUUGAACUGAGUUUAUUUCAUUUGCAAUAUUAUUAAAAGUACAGAAAGAAUUGA